UAUAGCACGCCUCUGCGUGAUCGCUAAUCUGCUCCUUUCCGUUACACUACACAUGCAGUGAUUGGCGUAGAAAGUUUUUGUUGCUAUAAACCCUCCAAUUUAAGAAACUACAGUAAGAGAGAGCUAUUCACUCUUCUGUGAUUUCAGGGACCCGGUAUCUCAUAGUCAGUCAUAUCCGGAGCACGCAUGGCUUCUCAAAGGCAGAACGACAGCUCAGCCGGCUACCAGCCGCUCUUCAAAUCCUUCGCUACAGACGCGAUCCACGUUGGUUCAGAGCCGGAGCAGUGGAACUCUAGGGCCGUUGUGCCUCCUAUUUCGCUGUCUACUACCUUUAAACAACACGGACCGGGGAAACAUGCGGGUUUUGACUACAGCAGGUGUGGAAAUCCCACGAGAAGCUGUCUUGAGAGAGCAGUUGCUGCUUUGGAUGGUGCACAAUACUGUCUCGCUCUUUCCUCUGGAACGGCUGCCACUUUGACCAUCACACAUCUUCUUAAGACUGGAGAUGGAAUUUUAUGCAUGAAUGAUGUUUAUGGGGGAACAAAUGAGUAUUUCUCAAAAAUAGCGGCGGAAUUUGGCCUUGAUGUCUCUUUUGCUGACCUCACAAAGCUAGAGUUGCUAAAAGCAGCUCUAAAAGCAAAUACAAAGAUGUUAUGGAUUGAGACACCCACAAACCCUACAUUGAAGGUUGUGGACAUCAAGGGCUGUGCAGAUAUUGUCCAUGAGCACAACAAGGACAUAAUUGUUGUUGUGGACAACACUUUCAUGUCCCCCUAUUUUCAGCGCCCCCUUGCACUUGGAGCAGACAUCUGCAUGUACUCUGCAACAAAAUAUAUGAAUGGACACAGUGAUGUUUUGAUGGGACUGAUUUCUCUCAACCGUGAUGAUAUCUAUGAACGACUGAAGUUUUUGCAGAGCGCUAUUGGGACUGUGCCUUCUCCGUUUGAUUGUUAUAUGUGCCACCGGGGUCUGAAGACACUCCACUUGAGAAUGAAGCAGCACUUUAAGAACGCAAUGGCUGCGGCACAGUUUCUGGAGGCCGACCCAAGAGUGGACAGAGUCAUCUUCCCAGGUCUUCCAUCCCACCCUCAGCAUGAGUUGACAAAGAGACAGUGCACAGGCUGUCCUGGAAUGAUCUCUUUCUACAUCAAAGGAAAACUGGAGCAUGCCUCAACUUUCCUCAGCAGUCUGAAGUUGUUUACGCUUGCUGAUAGUCUUGGUGGUGUUGAGAGUCUAGCAGAGCACCCAGUAAGUAUGACUCAUGUUUCUGUGCCUGAAAAUGAGAAGAAAGAGCUGGGCAUCAGUGAUACGCUCAUUCGUUUGUCUGUGGGCCUGGAGGAUGAGGAAAAUAUUAUUGCAGACCUAGACCAAGCCCUAGCUGCUGCAGAACGUCCCAUUGAGAAAUAGAAUCUCUUCUUCCAGGCAGUCCUGGUCAAGAUGGCUACAUAAAGUUUCACUUAAAGAACACAAUACACAAUUUAAAUAACAAAUACAAUUACAUAUAUGAAAGAUCAAUGAUAACAGCAACAUGAUUCCUUCAGUGCAGCCUGCAGCAGAUGGAAGUGAUUCUAAGAAAAAGUAUGGCUUGCAUAUUAUUCCAUAACCAGGGUGCAUAAAAUGAAAAAGCACAUUUGACAUGCUCUGAAUAAACCCUAGGAACAUUCAAAUGAAUAACAGUAGUUGAUCUAGUAAAGAUGUACUUGUUAUAGUAAUAUGAUAUAAGACUAGAAAUGUUAGUAGUAAGUUUGCCUCACAGUGCCUUUGCAACAAAUAAUAACAUAUUCAUUUUCCUUCAUUGAUAUAAGCAGGACCUACAAUAUCAUAGAUAGCAUACAAUGAUGAGUAUGUGAACUAGCAUUUAUUCCAAAAAACAUAAUAUACAUUAUCCAGCUUUUUCAGUAAGGAUGAAUCUGUGUUCAUGUACAACACAAUACCUUAAUCUAAUACUGACAAAAAAGAGCUUUGUACGAUCCUCAUCCUGGCUUUUUUUGGGAGGCAAGCUACCAAUGUGUACAUUAAAAGCCAACUUUGAGAGAUAAGACUCUAUACCUUCAGUGGUAGAGAUAGAUGAGACAGAUGUCUAAGUAUGACUUGGAGAAACUAGAUUUAGAAGUUUUGGCAUUUUAAUGACAUCAGUUGAAGCUGUAGUGAAUGAAAGGAAUCCGGGAGAAAUUCUGUCUUGAUUCAAAGAAGGUGCAACUAUAUAAGUAAUAGUGCUAUCAGCAUAAAAAAUUUAACUUUUAUAAAUAUAGAAAGUAAAAGUGGAGCUAAAAUAGACCCUUGCUGUACACCCUUUUUAACUGUUAAUAAUGCUGAAGAAUAUUACUAUAUCAAAAUACAUUAAGUUCUUUCAGUGAGAUAGUUCUUGAAACAAUUCAAAUUCGUUUUACCUAAGCCUAUAGAUUUAAGCCUCUGUAAUAGCAGUUUAUGAUUUACAGAGUCAGGCUUUGGACAAAUCAGCAAAUAAGGCAACACUGUGCUGUUUCUUACUUAAUGAUUUAAUAAUGAUUUUAUUUGUAACUUGCAAAACCACAGUAUAGUGCUGUUGUCUGAUCUAAAACCUGACUGAAAUUCACUCAAAAUAUUAUGUUGAGAUAAACAUUCUUUUAAUUGACCACUUUCAAAACCUUUUGCCAAAACAGUCAAUCUAGAAAUAGGACAAUAGUUAUUUAAUUCAGAAGGUUCUCCACCAUUUAAUAGCAGGAGGACCAUUGCUGAAUAACAUUGGAGGGUAAACUCAAAUUAAAUAUUGAAGCAAUAGGUUCUGAAAUUUUUAAAAUGUAGGUUUCUAUUUUAUCAGGUAUGCCAGAUUUUUUUAGUCUAAGCUCAGAUGUGCACCAUGCAACUGACUAAUUUCCCUUAAAAUCGUGAUCCACCAAAUUACUGUAGUUAAAAGUGUCUGCAAUAUUUGCUUUGCCUUUAAUUGAACUCUAACUCACUUUUAAAAAGUCAAGAAACC